GUCUUACUCAAGGAAUGAUGAAUGAAAAUGCAUAAGAUGUCUAUUAAGGUAUAAAAAGAAUAAUUUUUUUCAAGAGAUUAAUGAAUCACAAGACUUUUUCUUAGAACAGUAAAAGAUGUCCAUUUUUUAACAGGAAAGCGUGGAUAAUUAUUCAUAGAUUUGUAUAAUACUUUAUCAUAUCUAAGUAGCUGCUCCUAAUAAUAUUUUUGAUGAAAUCAAAUCUGGAUUAGAUAAUCUUUAUUCUAAUGAAUAACCAGUUUAAGGGUAAAAGAAACCAAGAAAAAAGAGAAAAAAAUAGUUGAAUUACGAUAAGAAAAGGAAAAGAAGAUAAUCAAACAAAUAGGUAUGAAUAAAUGUAAAUUAUGUAGAUAACAAAAAUUUAGAAAACAAAUCCCUUCUCUUUCUAAGAAGACAAAGCUAUAUUGCUUUAUGUAUUAUAUUUUGGCCCUAAAUUCAUGAAAAUUGCUAAAUUUUUCCCCACAAAAACUAUUAGCAUGGUCAAGAAUAGAUAUUAUAAAUGUUUACGCUAUAGAUGGGAUUCUGUGUUAGGAGAGUAUAUAUAAAUAUUACUUAGAUCUUACGGUUAUCUAAAUUAACAAGAGUACCAAACUUACGAAGGAAACUAAAAUAAUGGUAAAGAUGAAACUUAAAGUUUCAGAAAUCAAAAUUUAAAUGAUUUGUUCUUAUUUUAGAGCUCUGACUUGUGA